CGCCGAGCCCCCGGAGCGCUGAGGGCCGGUCCCACACAGACGCGGCCAUGGCGGGCAAGGGGACGGAGGGGUUUCUGCCGCCCUUCAAGCACUUCGCCACCGAUGCCAUCCACGCCGGCCAGGAGCCCGAGCAGUGGCGCUCCGGGGCCGUGGUGCCGCCCAUCUCGCUCUCCACCACCUUCAAGCAGCGGGCGCCCGGCGAGCACGCGGGUUAUGAUUACAUCCGGUCUGGGAACCCCACUCGGGAUUGCCUGGAAAAGGCUGUGGCCACCCUCGAUGGAGCCAAAUACAGCUUGGCUUAUUCCUCUGGCUUAGCAGCUCUUUUGAACAUCUGUCACCUCCUGAAGGCAGGGGACACGGUUAUCUGCAUGGAUGAUGUCUAUGGAGGUGGGUACAGCACCCAGGGGCUUCAGCCUUCUUUGUGCAGGGGCUCAAACCUGCCUGUGGCUCUCAGGAACCCUGAAUUUCCCGUGUAGGACCUCACUGCUCUU